CGCUCCCGCCCUCCCGGCGCUCCGGGCGCUGUGCGCGGGCCCGGCCCGGGGCAGGGCGGACAUGGGCGCCAAGCAGAGCGGCCCGGCCGCUGCUAACGGCCGCACCCGCGCGUACUCGGGCUCGGAUUUACCUUCCAGCAGCAGCAGCGGCGGAGGGGCCAACGGGACCGCGGGCGGCGGGGCGCGAGCCGCAGCUGCUGGGCGGUUUCCGGCUCAGGUGCCCAGCGCGCACCAGCCCAGCGCCUCCGGCGGCGCCGCGGCGGCCUCGGCGGCCCCGCGCAGCCGCUCCCUUGGCGGGGCCGUGGGGACCGUGGCGUCGGGGGCCCGAGCGGCUCAGUCCACCUUCAGCAUCCCCAACAGCAGCAGCGGCCCGUACGGCUCGCAGGACUCCGUUCACAGCAGCCCGGAGGACGGCGGCAGCAGCGGCGGCAGGGACCGGCCGGCGAGCGGGGGUCCCGGAGGGCCGCGCCUGGUGAUCGGCUCCCUACCAGCUCACCUCUCGCCGCACAUGUUUGGAGGAUUUAAGUGCCCUGUAUGCUCAAAAUUUGUACCCUCAGAUGAAAUGGAUUUGCAUCUUGUGAUGUGUUUAACAAAGCCAAGAAUAACCUAUAAUGAGGAUGUACUGAGUAAAGAUGCUGGGGAAUGUGCAAUAUGCCUUGAAGAACUGCAGCAGGGAGAUACUAUAGCACGACUGCCUUGUCUAUGCAUAUAUCAUAAAGGCUGCAUAGAUGAAUGGUUUGAAGUAAAUAGAUCUUGCCCUGAGCACCCUUCAGAUUAAGCAUCAGCCUCCUGUCUUAUAGGUUUCCUUGACUUCAAGAUGCUUGAAAAACCAAGAGGAUACGAUCUGUCUCUGGAAAAACAAAAACAAAAAUGCAGGCACACUCAGCCAGAUAUCUAAGUUCUGUGAGACUCAGUAAUGCAGAGAUGGACAAUCAUAUAGGAGAAAAAAUCCUGCUGAAGAGAGGACAAUUGCCACAGAACUCAGUGUACCAAACAUGCAUAUAAAGGACACGCAGGGAUUUUGAAAAUGCUGCACAUCCCUUAGUAGUCAUCUACAUAGGUAAUACUGAUGAACAUUUUGUAUUCAGACGCCAAAGUUAACUGAUUUAAAAGUUGAUUUACUUUUUAUUAAGUUCUCUAGGGCUGCACAACUACUUGUGUUUGAUUUGUUUUGGUUUUUAGUUUGGGGACCCUUUAUUUUCCCAAUAUGAUGUUCCUGCAUUCAUCAGUUCUUAAAUUGAAGACCACGUAAUUUACUUCUUAAAAAUUAAAGUCUUAAAUGUGAAACCAAGAAAUGUAAUCAAGCAGUAAAACAUUCUCUGAAUGUAGACCAUGAUCUCAAGUUCUUCGAUUUUUUUUUUCUCCCCCAAGAGUAGAAAAUAGGCUUCUAUAUAGGCAAGCUACAGUAUGUUACUAUUGUAAAUUAAAGGUUUAACAUUAUCAGAAUGCAGUCCAAAGAAUAAAAAAAUCAAGUUACAUAUAAUAUUCUAAUUAAUUAAAUCUAGGAUUAUCUACUGAAUUGCAAUUUAUUAAAUAUGUUACUUCCUUUUUAAAUAAAACUGCUCAACAGGUAAUCAGCAAUGAAUCAUCUUGCAGCUAUGCAACUUAAAAAAAAAUAAUUACCAAUUUUAAGUGCUGCCAGCUAUAAUAACUUUGUUUUAACGGGUAUUUUUAUUUGUUCUCUUCAUGUAAUGUGCUUUGCAUCUCCAGGCAGUUUUCCUACAUUUAGGUAAAAUGUUUAGCAGGUUGUAAUACUUUAAUAACUUAUGAAAAGGGUAAAACAAAAUUUUCUUGAGUGGAACUUGGAAUAAUUUGAGGGACAUUUUUAUAUACUUUUAAAAAUCAGAAUUUAAUUGGGAUGCCAGAUUUAUAGCAAUUUGCAUCUUUAAUUUUCCAGAUAGUCUGGAGUUUAGCAUUUGAUAAAUGAUUUUUUAAAGCAGACAUAAAGAUUUUGUUAAUUUAUAAUUUAUUAAUGUGUUAUUACUAUAAUUAAAAUGUUACAGAGUUUUAAAUUCAGUCUUGUAUAGAAAGAAAUGUAUUAAGCAAAAUUAUGUGAAUAAAUAUUCCCACAAAAUACAUCUGAAUGGUUAAAAAAUACUGGAAGAGAGCUAUCAGGGCUGCAACAAUGAAUGUCUUUUUUUUUUUUUUUUUUAGUAUCAGACAUACCUAUUCAUAAAUUUCAUGUUUUCACCAUAGGGAAAAUGUUAUCAGAGAACAAUUUAAGCAGUGCACUUUACUCGGAAUAAUUAAGAGUUACACAGUACUGAUUCCUUAUUUUAAGCUUUCUUUAAUGUAUUUAAGUUGUUUUUUUUUUUUUUUUUAACUGCUGCUCUUCUUAUCCUUCUCAAUUUUUUUCCCUUGUUCUGUUGCUUCUGUUUCAUAUUUUUUUAAAAAGGGCACAUACAGGAGCAACUGCUGCUACCCAGAAAAACUUGUGUAUUAUAAAAAAAUGUUAAAAAAGAAUUUCUAAUUGCUAUUUGUGUGAUUCUAGAGCAGAUAACAUUUUCCCUAAAGUUAUGCUGUGAAAUGCCUUUUGUUAUGGUGCAGUUGAUUAAGGAAUCUUAAACCUCCAUUGAGACAAGCUGAUGGCACAGUUUCAUAGGUGCUGUUUUAACCAGUUGUGGAAAAUAUGCUUUCCUCAAGGAAAAUAUUCUCCUUAAAUUUUUUGUUAUCAUGAAAUCUUAAUGUGAAUGGCUUUUAGUUCACAUUUUCAGGUUUGUCAGCUCUCUCUCCCUCUGUUGCUCUCGCGUGCAUCUCUCUUUCUCUGACACACACACAGACACAAACACACACCCCCCCACACACACACCCACACACACCCCCCCCACACACACACCCACACACACACCCCCACACACCAAGAAAAACCUCUUAGAAUGUGAAUAAUUUUUUUUUCUACUAGUAUGUUGUUAUGGUAAGAAUUACUUUGUAGUCCAUUCUUAAAGGAAAAGAUUUACUAUAGCUGUGGUAGUUAGCUAUUGAUAUUUUCUUGGAAGUUGAUUUUCUGAUAUAAUGUACUCAUUGACUUUUAAAGUUUAUUGGCCUAAAAUCCCUUCUCCUUCUUUAUCCAGUACCAUACUCUCACAGUCUUAUUCACUUAGCCUUUGUUUGUCAUAAGGUUCUGUGCUGUAGCUCCUACAAUAGAAGCUCCUGUGGUUUAAAAGAAAGUUCAUUGUUUGCCAGUGUCAAGUGCUACUUGAUUAUUUGUUUAGAACAGUAUUUACUUAUUAAUAAAUUUGUUCAUAGUGAUCCCUUUUUGUUAAAAUUUACAAAAGGUAACAUUUUUUUUAACUUUAAAUUCAGUCUCCAUCAGUGACUUUUUAAAAAAAGAAUUGAGAAAUUGAAAAAAUUUUAAAGCCCAAAUGCUCCAGUUUUUAUUUAAAGUCAAAAUUGUUAAUCUGGAAAAUAUUAUAAGUAAUAUUGUGCAUGUCACUUACAAUAUUUAUAAAUUUAUAUAAAGACACUGAAUAGUGUAAGUAGGACAUAAAAUGACAUUAGAUGUUUGAACAUGUAGUUGAAACUGCUGACAGCUGAAUAUUACGGAGACAAAGAGUGAAACCCUAGUUAUCAAGUUGGUUCUAGUUUUCUAGAAACUUUGUAAAUACUUCAUUUUUAAGUAAGAUCACAGUUAGGUAUAUAGAAAGCAGUAUAUUCUGAAAUUUCACCUUAGUGCCACUCUUUUCUUUAUAAUGGGUUUAUUGCCAAUUUUGACUCAUGCUGAUCUGAUAUUUUUCCCCCAGAAUGUAUAAAAGAGUGUAAGGAUGUAUAUGAGUACAAUUAUUCUGUCUUCUUUUGGCUCUUUCCCAGAGAAAUAAACUAAGAAUAAUCUUAA